CGUUAUAAGUCAGCAAUCUAAAAAGUUAAUACCAGCCUCUUUUUUUCAAUAAUCUAGGUUGCCACGGUUACCCCUCCCUUUAGCCAGAGCAGCCGGACCUCCUCCAAAACCUAGAUCCGCACCACCCUCUACUGUGGACCUGUCUUCCAAGGUCAAACUGCCUGAAGGUCAUUACCGGGUGGGGUCUCAAGCCAUUUACACGUGCGAGUCAAGAUACUACGAACUGCUUGGAUCUCAAGGUAGAAGAUGCGACUCUAAUGGAAAGUGGAGUGGUCGACCAGCAAGCUGUAUACCAGUUUGUGGACGGUCAGACUCUCCCCGUUCUCCUUUCAUCGUCAAUGGAAAUUCCACCGAAAUAGGUCAGUGGCCGUGGCAGGCAGGAAUCUCCAGAUGGCUUGCAGAUCAUAAUAUGUGGUUUCUUCAGUGUGGAGGAGCCCUACUGAAUGAGAAAUGGAUCAUUACUGCAGCCCACUGUGUCACCUACUCUGCUACUGCCGAGAUCAUUGACCCAAGUCAGUUUAAAUUCUACCUGGGCAAAUACUAUCGAGAUGACAGUAAGGAUGAUGACUACGUACAAGUAAGAGAGGCUAUCGAGAUCCAUGUGAAUCCUAACUACGAUCCUGGAAAUCUCAACUUUGACAUAGCCCUGAUUCAACUGAAGACUUCUGUUGCUCUGACCACACGAGUGCAACCAAUAUGUCUGCCUACUGAUCUCACUACAAGAGAAAACCUGAAAGAGGGAGCGUUAGCGGUGGUGACAGGAUGGGGUUUGAAUGAAAACAACACAUAUUCAGAGAUGAUUCAGCAAGCCGUUCUGCCUGUUGUUGCAGCAAGCACCUGUGAACAAGGAUACCAGGACUCGGGCUUGCCACUGACAGUGACAGAGAACAUGUUCUGUGCAGGUUACAAGCAGGGGCGCUAUGAUGCCUGCAGUGGAGACAGUGGAGGACCAUUAGUGUUUGCUGAUGAUUCCCGCACCGAUAGGCGGUGGGUCCUGGAAGGGAUCGUCAGCUGGGGCAGCCCCAAUGGAUGUGGCAAGUCUAACCAGUAUGGGGGCUUCACUAAAGUUAACGUUUUUCUAUCGUGGAUUCGGCAGUUCAUUUGAAAACGUUACAAAUGCUUUAAUCUUGCUUUAAUUGUACUCAUAAGAAGGGUAAUCAAGUAGGUCAUCAAUGUCAUUAUGUGUUAUUUGUUUUUACAAAUGGCUAUUUUAGUCAGUGAAUGAGAAUAUUCAUCUGAAAAUUUUACCUUCAAUUUUUUAUUCUACCCUUUUCUAUGAAAAUGUAAGUGUUUUGUAUAUCUUCUAUACAUAUAUGAAAAUUCUGAAUUUUUGCAUAAAUUUGAUUUGGUUUGGCUUAUAUGUUAAUAUGUACAAUACAUAUUGCUCCUUAUUUUUAUAUUAUAAAUAGUUUAUCCUCAGUUCUGCCUGUGAUGACUAAAUAAAACACUGAACAACGAUUCAAAUUCUAGUAGAGCAUGAAAUGUAUUAUCAGUUACCUUAAGUAAAAGAGUUAGCUUCACUUAUCAAAAUAAAAUGUCUAGUAACUUCUCAGACUCUCUUA